AUGAGUGUACAUCUAUCUGCUCCUGUCACAGCUCUUACUUCUUCAGGCCCCUGGGGAAGGUGUACAGGAGACUGUGGGCCUGGAGGAGUCCAGACUCGUGCAGUGUGGUGUUUUCAUGUGGAAGGGUGGACAAGCCCCUUGUCGAACUGUGAUGAGAGCAACAAACCUGCAAAGGAAAGAAGUUGUUUCCGAGUCUGUGACUGGCACAGUGACCUGUUCCAGUGGGAGGUUUCCGACUGGCACCACUGUGUGCUUGUUCCUUAUGCUGAUAGGGAACUGAAGCCUCGGACUGCAGAGUGUGUGACUGCUCAGCACGGACUCCAGCACCGGACAGUGCUCUGCAUUCAGAAGUUGAACAGAAGUGUGGUUACAAAUGAAAUUUGUGAACAUUUUGCCCCUCAGCCUCCAAUGGAACAAGCUUGCCUCAUUCCAUGCCCCCGGGACUGUGUUGUAUCUGAAUUCUCACCAUGGUCUCAGUGUAGCAAUGGAUGUGGGAAGAAAUUGCAGCACAGGACUCGUGUGGCCAUUGCGCCCCCGCUGUAUGGUGGACUGCAGUGUCCAAACCUGACGGAGUUCAGGGCCUGUGAUGCUCCCAUUUCCUGUCCUCUUGGGGAAGAGGAAUAUACUUUUAGACUGAAGGUUGGUCCAUGGAGUAAAUGUAGACUGCCUCAUUUUAAGGAAAUUAACUUAAGUGGAAGAAUUGUGUUGGAUUUUAGCUCUGACUCAAAGGAGCAUGUCACCUUUAGACAUCAAAAUUACAAGCCACAUCAACAUUCCAAGCCAUGGGACUUAGAGAUAGGUUAUCAGACUCGACAGGUUUGGUGUACAAGAAGUGAUGGGAAAAAUGCUAUGUUAAGCUUGUGUGUGCAAGACUCCUUCCCUUUGACUGUUCAAUCCUGCAUCAUGCCGAAAGACUGUGAAACCACUGAGUGGUCCUCCUGGAGUCCUUGCUCUGAGACGUGUCGGUCAGGGAGUCUCUCUCCUGGUUUUAGGAGUAGGAGCCGGAAUGUAAAGCACAUGGCUAUUGGAGAUGGAAAAGAGUGCCCUGAACUUCUCGAGAAAGAGGCCUGCAUUGUCGAGGGAGAACUUUUACAGCCCUGUCCCAGGUAUUCCUGGAGGACCUCUGAAUGGAGAGAAUGCCAAGUCUCUCUCCUCCUUGAGCAGCAGGACCCCCACUGGCAUGCGACGGGAUCUGUCUGUGGUGGUGGCAUCCAGACCCGGGAGGUGUACUGUGCCCAGAGCAUACCAGCCUCCUCUGCACAGAGGGCCAAAGAAGUUUCUAGACCUGUGGAAAAGACACUGUGCUUGGGACCUACCCCUUUGGCCUCUCAGCUCUGCAAUAUCCCUUGUUCUAUGGACUGCAUUGUCUCUUCCUGGUCAGCCUGGGGCCUGUGUACCCAAGAAAGCUGCCGAGAUACUCAGGGGAGGAAAGGAUUUAGAAUGAGGCAGCGCCAUGUCCUCAUGGAACCCACAGGGCCAGCGGGACAUUGCCCUCAUUUGGUGGAAUCUGUUCCUUGUGAAGAUGCAAUAUGCUAUCAAUGGCUGGUAUCUGAAGGGAUCUGUAUCCCUGAUCAUGGAAAAUGUGGUCUGGGGCAUCGUAUCCUGAAGGCCAUCUGCCAGAAUGACCAAGGAGAAGAUGUAUCAGGGAGUCUCUGCCCAGUGCCUCCUCCUCCAGAACGGAUGACUUGUGAAAUCCCCUGCAGAAUGGACUGUAUGGUGAGUGAGUGGACAGAGUGGUCAUCCUGUUCCCAGUCCUGUUCAAGUAAAAACUCAGCAGGGAAGCAGACCAGGUCAAGAAUGAUACUGGCAUUGGCUGGAGAAGGUAUGAGGGUACCUUUUUCUCUGAAGGAUUGCAGCCUUGGUAAUGUUUAUCUUUAUGACGAUUUCUCAACUACUAAAAAAGACACAGAAAACAUUAAGGUGGAUCUCCAGAUGAAAAUAAAUAUGGCUGAGAUAUGUCCAGAUUCUACUCGGCCAGAAACAGUGCGUCCAUGUCUCCUUCCAUGCAAAAAAAACUGCAUUGUGACACCUUUCAGUGAGUGGACGCCCUGCCCAAGUUUGUGCCAAUCAGGAAAUGCUACAAUAAAACAGUCUCGAUUCAGGAUUAUCACUCAAGAAGCAGCCAACGGAGGCCAAGAAUGCCCAGAUACCUUAUUUGAAGAGAGAGAGUGUGAAGAUGUUUCAUUCUGCCCAGUGUAUCGGUGGAAGCCACAGAAAUGGGGCCCUUGUGUCCUAGUGCCAGAGUCUGUCAGGCAGGGAAUAAUGGGCACCAGUGAAGCCUGUGGAAAGGGGCUACAGACAAGAGCUGUGUCUUGUGUUUCUGAUGAAAACCAGUUGGCAGAAAUGAUGGAAUGCCUCAAGCGGACAAAUGGCAUGCCUCCCCUUGUGCAAGAAUGCAUGGUCCCAUGUCGUGAUGACUGCACAUUCACUGCCUGGUCCAAGUUUACGCCCUGUUCAGGGAAUUGUGAAACAACUCGAAGUAGACGGCGGCAGCUCACAGGAAAAAGCAGAAAGAAGGAGAAAUGCCAGGAUGCUGAUCUCUACCCUCUAGUUGAAAUGGAACUGUGUCCUUGUGAUGUAUUUAUAUCCCAACCUUAUGGAAAUUGGUCAGAUUGCAUUCUUCCAGAAGGCAGAAGGGAAACUCAGCGAGGAUUGCUGGUACAAAGAGACACCAAAGAAUGUGGAGAAGGUGUGCGCUUCCAAGCAAUCGUCUGCUUUGAUAAAAAUGGAAGACCUGUUGACCCCUCCCAUUGCAGCAGCUCUGGUUAUAUUCAAGAAGAAUGUGUCAUUCCCUGCCCAUUUGAUUGCAAGUUAAGUGAUUGGUCUAGUUGGGGGUCUUGCAGCUCAUCUUGUGGGAUUGGAGUGAAAAUUCGAUCCAAAUGGCUAAAAGAAAAACCUUACAAUGGAGGUCGUCCAUGUCCCAAACUGGAUCUCAAGAAUCAGGCUCAGGUGCAUGAGGCAGUCCCAUGCUACAAUGAAUGCAAUCAGUAUUCCUGGGUGGUAGAACACUGGUCUCCAUGCAAAAUCAACAAUGAGCUGAGGUCCUUGCGAUGUGGAGAAGGAAUGCAAUCUAGGAAAAUCAGGUGUGCUAAUACUGCUGAUAUCGAAGGUAGGACAGUGGACAAUACCCUGUGCAACCAGGAUGAAAUUCCCCCAGAAACCCAGUCCUGUUCUCUACUGUGCCCCAAUGAAUGUGUUAUGUCUAACUGGGGACCAUGGAGCAAAUGUCCACAGUCAUGUGACCCUCACACAAUGAAAAUAAGAACUCGCCAUCUGCUGAGACCCUCACUGAGCUCAAGGACUUGUCCUGAAGACUCACAAGUGCAGCCCUGCCUCCUUAAUGAAAAUUGCUUUCAGUUCCAGUACAAUCUAACAGAGUGGAGCAUAUGCCAGCUGAGUGAAAAUGCCACGUGUGGACAAGGCGUCAGGACCCGCCUUCUGAGUUGUGUGCGCAGUGAUGGCAAGCCAGUCGCUAUGGACCAGUGUGAGCAGCGUAACUUGGAAAAACCCCAGAGAAUGAGCAUUAACUGCCUGGUGGAAUGUGUGGUCAACUGUCAGCUCUCAGGGUGGACAGCUUGGACACAGUGUUCACAAAGUUGUGGCCGUGGAGGUCGAACGAGCCGAACUCGAUUUAUCAUUAUGCCAACCCAAGGAGAAGGACGGCCAUGCCCCACAGAGCUUACCCAGCAGAAAACCUGCCCAGUGACCCCCUGCUACAGCUGGGUCCUUGGUAACUGGUCUGCAUGUAAAUUGGAGGGUGGAGACUGUGGGGAAGGAGUGCAGGUCCGCAGCCUUUCUUGUGUGGUCCACAGUGGUUCAAUUUCUCACACACCUGUACGUGUGGAGGAUGCAUUGUGUGGAGAAAUGCCCUUUCAAGACAGUAUCCUGAAACAGCUCUGUUCUGUGCCUUGCCCAGGAGACUGCCAUUUAACUCAGUGGUCAGAGUGGAGUACAUGUGAAUUAGCCUGUAUUGAUGGAAGAAGUUUUGAGUCUAUGGGCCGCCAAUCUAGGUCACGGGCAUUUAUAAUUCAGUCUUUUGAGAACCAAGACAGCUGCCCCCAGCAAGUUCUAGAAACACGCCCUUGUACAGGAGGCAAAUGUUAUCACUACACCUGGAAAGCAAGUCUUUGGAACAAUAAUGAGCGAACUGUAUGGUGCCAACGUUCAGAUGGCAUUAAUGUCACAGGAGGCUGCUCCCCUCAGGCACGCCCUGCUGCUAUUCGGCAGUGUAACCCAGCCUGCAGAAAGCCUUUCUCCUACUGCACACAGGGUGGAGUCUGUGGUUGUGAGAAGGGCUACACAGAGAUAAUGAGAUCAAAUGGUUUCCUGGAUUACUGCAUGAAGGUGCCUGGCUCAGAGGAUAAAAAAGCUGAUGUUAAAAACCUUGCUGGAAAAAACAGACCUGUGAAUUCCAAAAUACAUGAUAUUUUUAAAGGGUGGUCUCUUCAACCUCUUGAUCCAGAUGGCCGAGUAAAAAUUUGGGUUUAUGGCGUCUCAGGUGGCUGUUUUCUUAUCGUAAUUUUCCUAAUAUUUAGUUCCUAUCUUGUUUGCAAGAAGCCAAAACCACAGCAAAGCACACCUCCGCAACAGAAGCCUCUGACUUUAGCCUACGAUGGAGACUUAGACAUGUAA